AUGAGCGACAAUGAGGUGGUAUUAUCCGAUGCAGGAGACGGAGACAAUUCUGUUGAAAUAGAACCCGGAGUUAGCGAUGUUGACGCACAGGAACAAGAAAUCAUUGUGGCUGCAGUACUGGCUGCUGCUAUCAAUGACGAGUCAAUGACAUCAUCAUCUGUUCAAUCAAUUUCAACAACUGUUCAGAGUCGUAUCGAUGAAUCAAUGAGUGAUUUCGUUGAGCCUCAAUACAAACGAUUAAAAGUCGAAGGACCAGCAGCAACAACAGCAACAGUGUCAGCGACAAAUUUGAAUGAAACAGAAAGUGACACAGAGACUUGUCCAAUUUGUUUGGAAGAAUUUACAAAUUCUGGUUUACAUCGAGUAGUUGUACUUAAAUGUGGACAUUUAUUCGGAAAGAAUUGUAUAGAAAAAUGGUUGAAAAAUACUCCGAAAUGUCCACAUUGUCAGCGUAAAGCCAAAAAGACGGAUGUUCGUCCUAUAUAUUGCCGCGCGUUAAAAGUUUUGGACACCAGUGAACGUGAUCAAGCGCUGAAAGAAUUAGAAAAAGAAAAAAAAUUACGUCGUCAAUUACAAUUUGAUGUGUCCAAUUUACAUUUACAGUAUCAGAUUAUAUUAGAACAAUAUUCAAAAUUACAAUCAGACCAUAUGAUAUUAUUAAACAGUGGAAAUAGUAGUCACGCUGCAGCAUCGAGAAAUAGCAUGAGUCUUCCGUCAACGUUGAGUGCAGCAUCGACAACCACACCUGUAACAUUUAAUAUUACUCUCGAAAAAGUUGUUACACCUUCAGAACAAGGUGGAUGUCGCAUUUUGUCUUGUUUACCUUCACAACAUUGGCUAUUUGUUAGCCAGCCAUCACCAUCGCCACAAUUAUUUCCUGGUUAUGGUAUAAGAAAAAUAAGUUUACUGGAUGGGCGUGUAUUAGAAUAUAUACCCAUUCAUCAAAAUUUAAUUCGUGAUGUAGCAGUAAAGCAUUCAGCAAUUGAUGAAGGCCUUAUAUUGACAUGCAGUGUUGAUAAAACAUUACGAAUUUCAAGUUAUCAUAACAAAAGUUGUCUUUUAACUUGUAAUUGCUCAUCACCUGUAUGGAGUUGUUCUUGGAAUAAUGACGAUGAAAAUCUUUUAUAUGCUGGUCUCAACUCUGGCAUUGUACAAGUAUUCGAUAGAAGAAAUCCAUCGGCAAGUGUGGAUAAUUUAAAUUUUGAAUCACAACAACAGUCACCAAUUGUCAGUUUACAAUAUGUACAGAAAAACCUGGCAACUACAUUUCCACAAGGAAUACUUGUUGGUAGCAUGGGAAAAAGUUGUUUUUAUGAGUACAAUCAAAAUACAGAAUAUCGGUAUCAUGCACUACCAUUAGACAAAAGUUUAUCAUCAUUACAUUAUGUAUCUGAAACAAAUCAACUUCUCGCUUCAUUUCGACCAUCUGAAACUUGUACACAUACACGACAUCAGCUAUACGAAUUAUCAUCUCGUCCAAUUGAAAAUAACGAAUCAAUGAUAACAUUAAAUUUGAUUCGAUCAUUUGAUGGUUCAAAAGUUCAAAAGUUAUUAUCACGUUCGAAAAUAUCGAUUCGUAAUGAACAAAGUUACAUUAUAUCCCCUGAUGAGGAAACAAAAGGAAAACCAACAAUCAAAUUAACAAGUAAUGAUGCACAAACAUUUGAAGUUAGUCGGGAUUUUAUCAAACAAGCAACAACUAUUAAAGAAAUACUCGAUGGUGCCUGGACCCCUUAUUUGCGUGAUGGAUUCGUACUACGGCCAAUUAUUUGCGUUCGGGAGGCCUAG